CCUCAUCACAGUCCACCGACCGCGGAUGUCUGUACCUGCCAUCGCACCCAUUGACCCAUUCGACUUUGACGAUGACGACGAGGAUGGAUGGGAGGAUAUGCCCGUUAUCCGAGAAGACACUGACGCUACGGAAUUGGAUGAGGAGGAUCAGAAGAAAUACCACUCACUACAUGCCCUCGGCGAAACCAUCGAGCUCCGUCAACGCCACCGGAAAUCUCAUCGACUUUGACGACAGCGGGAACGAAUGGAGGUCAAAACUAGACAACAGUAACGAGAGCGAGUACACUAGGGUGCGCGGGCACGACGAGGACGAGAGCGACGAAGUGCACAUGCGGACAAAGUACCUGUUCGAUGAAGACAAGGCCAUGACGCCACUCAGCCAGAUGCAAGCGACGAAGAAUCUGCUGACGGAGGCGCAGCGGAUCGCAUAUGUCGGAUUGUGUGCGCUCAUCACUCAAGAGAUGUCGCAGAAUCUCAAGCGCCCGAAUCGCAAGGAGUUCAAGCAUGCGGUGCAGGAUAUGGAUUUGUGGGCAAUGAAGAUUAUGGGCCGACUAUACUAUCACAUGGAGCUGGAGACACAAGAGCAGAAGAUGAUCGAGAGUCUUGCGCAGCACGGCGUGCAGGCCAUGGAUCUCGUUCCGGCACUCAUGACAACGCACACCGUUGCAAAUCCGGAAUACGAUCCGGCCGAAGCGCGCCGUCAAGCGUCCGAAGAGAAGGAGGAUGUCGUAUUCGAAGUUCCGCCCACGCCGGUCACCGCAACCCAGGCCAACUUCCAAACUACCCCCAAAGUUCUCGCAGAAACGACAACGUCUUCUGUCCCCGGUGUUUCAACAACGCUCUCCUCAGCGGACGAGAAAGUGACACUGGACAUCCGAUGGACAGUUCUGUGUGACUUGUUUCUGAUUCUCAUCGCGGACAGUGUCUACGACGCCCGCUCCCGCGUCCUCCUCGAACAGGCUGCAUUGAAGCUGGGAUUAGGGUGGAUCGAUGUGGUGCGGUUUGAAAGUCGUGUGACCGAGGCCCUGGAGAUCCAAGAGGAUGUGGAGAACAUGGAGCAGCAAGAUGUGAUCGCUGGGAGAGAGAAAGCUUCACGCAAGAAGCGGUAUGUGAUGCUCGGACUAGCGACAUUGGGAGGAGGGCUGGUGAUCGGAUUGUCGGCGGGUCUACUUGCUCCUGUGAUCGGACUUGGCUUGGGAGCUGCGUUGGGUACCGUCGGGAUCACUGGUACCACGACGUUUUUGGCUGGUGCUGGAGGUGCAGCCAUGAUCACAACCGGAGGCGUAUUGACCGGGUCUGGUAUUGCUGUUCGAGGAAUGAUGAAUCGGACACAACAAGUAAGAACAUUCAACAUCCUUCCGCUGCAUAACAACAAGCGUGUCAACUGCAUCCUGACGGUUCCUGGGUUCAUCACUGGCCCGCUCGAUGAUGUGCGAUUACCCUUCAGCGUGCUUGAUCCUGUAGUAGGAGACGUAUUCAGUGUGCUCUGGGAGCCAGAAAUGAUCCAGGAGACGGGAAGUGCGCUCAAAAUCCUUACUACCGAAGUCCUAACGCAACUUGGGCAAACGGUGCUCCAAGCAACUGUUAUGACCGCUCUCAUGAGCGCACUGCAAUGGCCUCUGAUUCUCACCAAACUCGGGUAUCUUAUCGACAAUCCCUGGAACAACGCACUCGAUCGUGCCAGGGCAGCCGGCAGCGUGCUCGCCGAUGUCCUCAUCCAGCGACAUCUGGGAGUGCGACCGAUCACGUUGGUCGGCUUUUCCCUAGGCGCACGAGUGAUAUUCUACGCACUCGUCGAACUGGCCAAGCACAAGGCAUACGGGGUUGUCCAGGAUGUGGUCCUCCUAGGGACGACGGUGUCAGUCUCCACUCACACUUGGUGCGAAACGCGGUCCGUAGUAUCCGGCCGAUACGUCAAUGCGUUUGCCCGCAACGAUUGGGUGCUGAACUACCUUUUCCGAGCUACAAGUGGAGGUGUCGGAACUGUGGCUGGUCUACGUCCAGUUGAGAACGUUCCCGGCUUGGAGAAUGUAGAUGUGACGGAUAAGAUCGCGGGACACAUGAGCUACCGGACGUUCAUGCCACUGAUCUUGGACCAGCUUGGUUUCCCGGUGUUCGCAGACUUCUUUGAUGAUCCAGUUGAACCAGAUUUCGAGGGGGACCGGAUCGUUGAGCGGGAGGAAGAAAAGAAUCAAAAGAAAGGGUGGUUCUCUAGCUCGAAGAAAAACAAUCAUACUCCCCGAACGGAGUCGAUUUCUCGUCCGCCGACUGCCAGUUCCUUUUCCAAACCCAAGACAACGCCAGCAGACGAUACUGAUGAAUUACCUCCAAGGGAGAGUUCAGAGGUGCCCGCCGAAGAGAAGAUUCCUGUUCAUGCAGGAUUCGACUUUGCCGCGAUCAAGGAAGCGUUGGGCAACAGGGAGUCUGCUGAUUUGGAGGUACCAUCCCCGAACAAGUUCGAAGCUCCAGUUAUCCCGCCACCCACCAACCGGUCUGAAUCAGCACCGCCGCCUCAGCAAACACCUCCGUUGCCUUCUCCAUCAAUCAUUCGACCACCUUCCCCGCAACCCGAAAUCGUUGUCCCAUUCCGCUCGAUGUCGGUGAACGACAUGAGGGAGCCCGACUCGGACAGUGACGCUGAGACGGAAAUCGGCGAAGCUCCUCCAACAUAUACAUCAUGGGCGGCUGGGUCUUCGAAAGCGGACAUCUCGCACAAUCCCUUCGCGUCAGACUCUGUCCUUUCCUUUGGUGGUGCCGACGGGGGAAUCACGAGUUCGCUCGCUGCCGGUCCUUCAAUGAACGACCCCUGGUCCAUCUCGAAUAGUCGCGGACCGAGCAAUAAGAGUCAGACAUUCGAUUCGAAUCCUUGGGGAUAGAUCCAUAGAUGUAGCCAUACAUAUCGUUUGAUGUACCAACACUAUACCACCACACGCAAUGCAUGCUUUCAGCACCCAAUCCAUGUCUCAACGUUGGGACUUAUCGGAAGUGGUCAAGAUGAUAAGGAUAGCAUGGCUGGUGAGAGCGAGACAGGUCCGAGACCGUAAAAUCUAGCCCGACGUUGUUGACGGCUGUUAGGCACGCCAUUGAUGUGGGUAAAUUCACUUCCGAUUCUUUCCUCCUCCACCCGUCAUGCGUUCGCAGAUUCUCUCCACCGUGCUGCGCGCAUCCGUCGCCCGCCGAAGCACCACCGUCGCCCGUCGCGCGCUCCCUGCGACUCUCUCCAGCCGGUCAUACAGCGACCACCCGCAGGAGACGUUCGAGUCCUUCAACCACCGCUACGUCGACUUCUUCAACCAGGCUGAGGACAUCUUCGAGGUCCAGCGCGGGCUCAACAACUGCUUCGCACACGACCUCGUGCCUGCGCCGAGCGUCGUCGAAGCCGCCGUCCGCGCCGCGCGCCGGGUGGACAACUACGCGACCGCCGUGCGCGUCUUCAACGGAGUCAAGGUCAAGGUGGAGAACAAGAAGCAGUACCAGGAGUACUUGGAUGAGCUCAAGGGCCUCCGGGAGGAGCUGGGCAUCACAUUAGAGGAGGAGCUUUACCCGGACUUGGAGAAGUAGAUUAUGUGCAUCGGAGGAUGGUAGUCCCAACCCAUGUGCGUAAGGACCAAAACUUGAAAUAGAGGGAACGGCGGGUAGAGUGGACGAUGCACGCUCGUUGUAUUCUUGGAGAAUGUCGACUGCAUCUCUGUCGUUCUUUCUUCAAUAAACAUGACAUACAAUACCCAUGCGGGGGAGUGAUGCCA